AUGGAGGAGGAAUCCAUGAGAGAAGCUUCAGAAGAGGUCUGUAGAGAGUUCAAAACCCUAAUUAAUGAACAAGAUUUGGAUUCCCUCAAGCAGUUGCAGCACCUCAUAUUAGGAAGGUUGCAGGACAGCAAUGCAGUGCUGUCUCAUUUUAAUGAGUAUUCAGAGAAUUGUUUCACUGAGGUUUCUGCUGAUUUUUCAAGAAACACGCGCCUCUUAAAGUCCAUGAAGUCUGAUCUAGAUUACAUCUUUCAAAAGCUAAGAAGAAUGAAAGCAAAAAUUUUGGCAACUUACCCAGAUGCAUUUCCAGAUGGAUCAGCAAAAGAAGUGCUUGACAGGAGACCAGACCUUGAAAUGCCUUGA